GGGACGCACCCCCAGAGAGAGGAAACAGGUAGAGCAGGCUGGUCUUCUCUCCGUCUCUCUCUCUCUCUCUCUGUCUGUUUAGGAAGUUUGCAUCUGUCGAGGUCAGCCGGUCGAGAGUGACACAUCCCAGAGGAGGAAAAUACAGACGAAUUCAAACCAUGGCUGUGAAUAAAUGCAUCAAAUUUCUCCUCUUCUUCUUCAACCUGCUUUUCUGGAUCAGCGGCUGCAUCAUCCUGGCCGUCUUCAUCUACCUGAAAGUCAGCAAAGAUGGAAACCAGAUCACCAAUGAAUCGAUUCCCGGCAUCGAUCUGAUGAUCGCCAUCGGGGUCAUUGUCAUGGUCCUCGGCUUCCUCGGCUGCUGUGGAGCGAUCAGAGAGAACCGCUGCAUGCUGCUGCUGUUCUUCAUCAGCCUCCUCAUCAUCUUUAUCCUCCUGCUGGCGGCUGGCAUACUUGGAGCCGUGGGCGAGGACAAGGUGAACGACUGGAUGAAGGAGCGUCUGGCGAAAUUCACCCCGUUGUCGUCACAAUCCCAGACCGUGAGGGACGACCUGGAGAAACUACAGAGCGAGCUGGAGUGUUGUGGUCUCGUUAACGGACCAUCAGACUGGACCGUGGUUCCCGACUCCUGCAAAUGCAACGCCACCAUCCAUACAGAUUGCGUCGCAGGAACAACUUUCGACACGCCCUGCUCGUCCAAAAUCGUGGAGUUAAUGCAGAAAAACAUGGAGAUCGUGCUCGGGAUCGCCUUCGCCAUCGCCAUCCUGCUGAUUUUCGGCAUGGUCUUCUCCAUGAUCCUCUAUGUUCAAAUCGGCAGGAAGGACGGUGCCACCGCCCCCACCACCAAUGCUUGAAAACCCACACAUGGCCACGCCCAUCACUGCCAGGCAGCGGCCAAUCAGUAGUGCCCAAACAACCCAUUUAACAAGCACCAUGUAUCCUCAGUGCCACUGUAACUGUGAAGGAACACGCUGAUAUCCUGGAUGAUUUAGAUGUUAUUAAUAAAGUUAACGCAAAAGCUGGUGUGUAUGGAUGUAUAUAAUAAAAGUGACAUUAUAUAAGGAAAACAUGAGCAUGUGGAAAACACGCUGGUGAAGGACAGUUUGAGGAAUAAAAAUGUGUUUUUGAAAGCUUGUUUUUGUUGUGAAUUUAUAGACAGAAAGAAUAUGUGGCAUUUACCAAAAUACCAGAAUGUUCCUUUAAAUUGAAUGAAUUUGUCCUUUUUUGUUUUAUCAGAAAGAAAGUUCCAAAUCCAGCUGUAAAAUAACACUAGUCUGCCACCCUCUUUUACUUUGCAUUGUCCUCUGUCCUGUCACCGUGGCAUGCAGGGAAGCUGCUGUUUGAAUGUGUACCAGUGCUCGUUGCAUCUACAGACCCCCGAAUGCAGUCUCAGCUGUCAGAUAUGCUCUGUGUGUUUGCUGGCAUUUACAUUUUCAGGAAAUUGAAACCAGUCCCUGAAAUCCAGAGAAAGUCCUGUUAUCCUUUUUUUCUAAAAAUUUUAUUUUUUUAUUUUAUUUUAUUUAAAAAAAAAUUGGGGGCGGGGGGACUGAGCCAUUUCUCUGUUUUUUUGUUUGUUUGUUUUUUUGUUUGUUUUUGUUUUUUUUAGAAAUAGAAAAAAGGGGAAAAUAAGCUUCAAAACAUCGGUUAAAUUUUAUUUAAUUUUUUUCAAUUCCAUUAUUUUGUGUUCUUGUCUCAGUUAAAUACAAGAAAUAUGAGAAAUAAUGUCAGUGGUCAAAGUACCUGUGAUUUAAUUGACUAUAUUAAUAUCAGGAAGAAUACACCAAAAAAAAAAACCCAAACAAACAAACAAACCACACACACAAAACAAAAAAAAAAGGAAAAUUGGCUAUUUUUAUUCAGUGUCUGGAGAUUUUAGAAAAUUAACUUUGUAGAAGUUUUCUAUCUUCACAUGCUCUUUUUUUUCCUUAUCUCCCUGAGAAAAUGGGUCAUUUUUGUUUGUAUUCUCAGGAUUUUCAAUCUUCUGCCUCUUGAGACACCAGCUUUGGUUCUCCUGUGAUAACAAGUUCAUUUGCAACCUCAGUGGAAAAAAAAAAUAAAAUCAGCUGCUAUCACUAGAAAACAAGAUGAGAAAACAAGAAUUGAUUCUUAGAAACUGAGAGAAAUAAGUUGUGGCUCAAGAAAAUGUAGAUUUAUGUCAUCAUGGAGAAUUUUAUUAUGGAUGCCUAUCAUGAAAUCACAAUGCUCGUCCUUACGUUUAUUAAAUUCUUUGGCAUUAAUGAGCUUCCAUACAUUCUUUACCCAAAUACUGUUGAAGCUGCUUGUCAUAAAAACCUGCUGCCAUUUUUGGAAAAUGAUUUUGAAAUCCUCAGGAAGAAGAAGUUUGUGCGUGCUUGUUCUGUUCUAAAAUAACACAAAAGAUGUCUAACAUAUACCGGUGUAAGAGAAUAUAUAAAAAUAUGCCGUUAUUAAAUAAUGUGGGUGUUAAAUCAUAUGUUCUUAUCAAUAAUUUCUUUAUUGUUACUUGAUUUUUCUUGAUGAGCAAAACUUGAUUUCUUUUCUUUUGCACUGAAUCUUGUUGCUGUUGAAUUUACUGUAUUACCGUAAAACUUCUAAUAAAAG